UGUGAGUGCAGCAGCUUCUCGCCUGAGGAAUACAACAGGACAUUAUUUAUUGUAAUUAUACAUCUUCAUCCUCGUCAUCCUCUUCAUCAGCUUCCUGUGUUCUGAUUGGCUGAGAUGACUCAGGUGUUGAACACCUGUGACUCCUUGGGCAGGGCUUCUGGAGAGGAAGUAGUGCCUCUACAGGUGGAGUGUUUUCCAAAACUGUGGAGGCGCGUGCCGUCCAUCGUGGUGCAGCCGACGGACGGUGAACAGGUGGAGAGUGGCGAGCUGCGCUGGCCUCCUGAUGAUGUCAGUAGUGAUGUCACAGAAAGCCUUGCCCAAGUGACAGGUGUACCUUUGCAGGAGGCAGGGCCCGAGGAACAGGUGAUGGGUGGAGUUUAAUCCCCUGACCGAUGUGUCUCUUCAGCCACUCAUUGAAAGGAUGAAGGAUGGACAAACUCUCUUACCCCUCAUACCAAUGGGGCGGGGCCAGGACAGACUGAGCCAAUCACAGAGG